CGGAAUCUGCAUAGUACGUGGAUCUCCGUUGGCUAUUCCCCGUAUCGACCUCGUUCGUUGUCGUGGGUUCUUCAUUUCCCGUUUCUUCUUGGGUAGAAUUUGAGUUCUAUUUCGCGGUGCUGUGUGGAAUUUUCGCUCGCGUCAUCUUCUUUUGGUCUUCACUUGGCUAUAUCAGGACAAGGAACUGUUAGAUUAUAUGAAGAAGAGAAUGAGAGGCGUUCUGUGAGAUGACAAUUGAUACGCAGCCAAGUAUGGCGCAGAGUUUCAGAAGUAACAGGUCUUCUUUUAGCUCACUUAUUGGAAAUGAAGGAUCCCCUUUGCACAACUCAGCUUUCUCAAAUGGAGAUGGUUAUGACAGCGAUGGCUCCAAUUUUGCACCUCCCACACCAACUACUCUAUCAAGGGCUAUUCCACCCGAGCUUGCUGGCGCUAUACCCUUGUUUGAUAGAUUUCAGGUGGAGGGGUUUUUAAGGUUGAUGCAGAAACAGAUUCAAUCUGCUGGAAAACGUGGAUUUUUCUCAAAGAAGUCUGUGGGCCCACAAGUUCGUGAAAAAUUUACCUUUGAGGACAUGUUGUGCUUCCAGAAGGAUCCUAUACCAACUUCAUUACUUAAAAUCAAUAGUGAUCUAGUGAGCCGAGCGACGAAGCUCUUCCAGAUAAUCCUGAAGUACAUGGGCAUUGAUUCAUCCGAUAGACUCUCUCCACCAAGCUUAGAUGAGCGGAUUGAGCUAGUGGGGAAACUGUAUAAACAAACGUUGAAGAGAUCCGAGCUGCGUGAUGAGCUUUUUGCUCAAGUUUCAAAACAAACGCGGAAUAAUCCUGAGAGGCAAUAUUUAAUUAAUGCUUGGGAGCUGAUGUACUUAUGUGCAUCUUCAAUGCCUCCUAGCAAGGACAUUGGUGGUUUUCUGUCAGAGUAUGUGCAUAUUGUUGCACAUGGUGUCAACACUGAUUCGGAAAUCCAAAUUCUUGCAUUGAAUACUUUGAAUGCUCUUAAGCGUUCUGUUAAGGCUGGUCCAAGACAAACAAUACCAGGACGCGAGGAGAUUGAAGCUCUUCUAACUGGCCGGAAGCUAACAACCAUAGUAUUCUUCUUGGAUGAAACUUUUGAAGAGAUUACAUAUGAUAUGGCAACAACAGUGGCUGAUGCAGUAGAGGAACUUGCAGGGAUUAUUAAACUGUCAGCAUACUCUAGCUUCAGUCUUUUUGAGUGCCGCAAAGUAGUUACUGGUUCUAAAUCUCCAGAUCCAGGCAACGAGGAAUAUAACGGGUUAGAUGACAACAAAUACAUUGGAGACCUUCUAGCUGAAUUUAAAGCAGCAAAGGAUCGGAGUAAAGGAGAAAUUUUGCACUGCAAAUUGACAUUUAAAAAGAAGCUAUUUCGUGAGUCUGAUGAAGCCAUAACAGAUCCCAUGUUUGUGCAGUUGUCCUAUGUUCAGUUGCAGCAUGAUUAUAUUUUGGGCAAUUAUCCUGUUGGAAGGGAUGAUGCUGCACAGCUUUCUGCAUUGCAAAUUUUGGCUGAGAUUGGAUUUGUUGGUAACCCUGAAUCAUGCACUGAUUGGACUUCCCUUUUGGAACGUUUUCUCCCUCGGCAAAUUGCAAUUACCAGAGCAAAGAGGGAGUGGGAGCUGGAUAUUCUCUCGCGAUAUCGGUCAAUGGAGCAUUUUACCAAAGAUGACGCAAGGCAACAAUUCCUGCGGAUCUUGCGGACACUUCCUUAUGGAAAUUCGGUUUUCUUUAGUGUGCGCAAGAUUGAUGAUCCAAUUGGACUCUUGCCGGGCCGUAUCGUUUUGGGCAUCAAUAAGCGUGGGGUUCAUUUUUUUCGCCCAGUUCCAAAAGAAUACUUACAUUCGGCUGAAUUACGAGAUAUAAUGCAGUUUGGCAGCAGCAAUACUGCUGUUUUUUUCAAAAUGAGAGUUGCAGGAGUUCUUCACAUAUUCCAAUUUGAAACGAAACAGGGUGAAGAAAUUUGUGUUGCUCUUCAGACACAUAUAAACGAUGUCAUGCUGCGACGAUAUUCUAAGGCUAGGUCCAUAGCUAGUGGUUCUGUAAAUGGGGAUGCUUCUAACAAUUUAAAACCACCUAGCGUGGAAGUUCAUGAAAAGCGUGUGCAAGAUUUAUCUAAAGCUCUGGAAGAUUCUCAGAAGAAUGCUGAUCAGUUGCUGGAAGAAUUACGUGAAAAGCAAAAGCAAGAAGUGACCCUCCAGGAAGAAAUGGAGGCUCUGAGAGAUUCUUUGAUAUUGGAGAAGCAAAACUUAACUGAAAUGAUGCUGGACUGUGAUAGGCUAAAAGCUCUUUGUCAUGAGAGAGACACAGCUCUUCAAGCUGCAAUCUCAGAGAAGAGGAGCUUGGAAGCAAAAUUGACCAAGUUGAGCAGUCAAGCAUCAGAGAGUACUGCAAAGAAAGAUACACUCUUAGCAAAUAAUCAGGUGGUACAAAAAUUUCAAGAAGAGCUAAAAACGCGUGAUGAGGAGGCACAUGAAGCAGAAGAAAACAUGAAGAGACUGGUAAAUGAAAAGGCAUUGUUAGAGCAGAAAAUAUCUAGACUGGAGAGAAAAAUUGCUGAUGAGACGGAAAUUCUUAAGAGAAACUUUGAACAAGAAAGAAAGUCCUUGAAGCUUAGAGUGACUGAACUUGAAAAGAAGUUGGAAGUGGCUACAAGAGAUUUGUCUACAUCUGAGGCAGCUCUUUCAAAUAGAAACACAGAGCUAGCUGCCUUACAGAAUAAUUUAAAGGAACUCGAGGAAUUGAGAGAGAUGAAAGAGGAUAUUGAUAGAAAGAAUGAGCAGACAGCUGCCAUCUUGAAGAUGCAAGGGGCUCAAUUAGCUGAGCUGGAGGUCCUUUAUAAAGAAGAACAAACUUUGAGGAAGCGGUAUUUUAACACCAUAGAAGAUAUGAAAGGCAAAGUCAGAGUAUAUUGUCGAUUGAGACCUCUCAAUGAGAAAGAGAUUGUUGAAAAAGAGAAAGAUGUGCUCACAAAUGUGGAUGAGUUCACUGUCGAACAUCCGUGGAAAGAUGAUAAAGCCAAGCAACAUUUAUAUGAUCGAGUAUUUGAUGGCAUGGCAUCCCAAGAAGAUGUAUUUGAGGACACAAGAUAUUUGGUUCAAUCUGCUGUAGAUGGGUAUAAUGUAUGUAUAUUUGCAUACGGUCAAACUGGUUCAGGAAAGACUUUCACAAUUUAUGGAUCCGACGGCAAUCCUGGUCUCACUCCUCGGGCUACUACCGAACUUUUCAAAAUUUUAAAGCGGGAUAGCAACAAAUUCUCGUUUUCAUUAAAGGCCUACAUGGUGGAGUUGUAUCAAGAUACACUCGUGGAUCUUUUACUUCCAAAGAAUGCCAAGCGCUUGAAAUUGGACAUAAAAAAAGACUCAAAGGGCAUGGUAUCCGUUGAAAAUGUCACAGUUGUAUCAAUAUCAACAAUUGACGAACUGAGGAGCAUAAUUCAUAGGGGGUCUGAACAGAGGCAUACUUCUGGGACACAAAUGAAUGAAGAAAGUUCAAGAUCUCAUCUAAUACUUUCUAUUGUUAUCGAAAGUACCAAUUUACAAACUCAAUCUGUGGCACGAGGAAAGCUUAGUUUUGUCGACCUUGCUGGGUCAGAAAGAAUUAAGAAGUCAGGCUCUUCAGGCAGUCAACUUAAGGAGGCUCAAAGCAUCAAUAAAUCACUUUCUGCUCUCGGGGACGUUAUCAGUGCUUUAUCUUCUAGUGGUCAGCACAUACCAUAUAGGAAUCAUAAAUUGACGAUGCUAAUGAGUGACUCACUUGGGGGUAAUGCGAAGACACUUAUGUUUGUCAAUGUAUCACCUGCUGAGUCAAAUCUGGACGAGACUUACAAUUCUUUGAUGUAUGCAUCAAGAGUUAGGUCAAUUGUGAAUGAUCCAAGCAAGAAUGUCUCAUCAAAAGAGGUCAUCCGUUUGAAAAAACUGGUUGCCUACUGGAAGGAGCAAGCUGGGAAGAGAGAAGAUAAUGAAGAUCUUGAAGAGAUUCAAGAUGAACGACCUUUGAGAGAACGGACUGAUGGUCGGCAUUCCCUGUAGUGUUUUAUGAUGGGAUUUGCAAGAAUAGCAUAUGGGGAACAACCUAUCCUGCAAAUUACCGGAUAUUAAUUAUGAGACUGGAAGGUUACUCUCUUGGCUGUUGACCACAUUCAGUGACCAGUUAAGCUGACUGCCUCUCGCAAAAGCAUCUGACAGCAAUUCCAGCGCCAUCUCUGGUGGCUUUUGACUGGCCUAAAGAUAAUCUGUAUAGUCUAGAAUAUUGUGUAUAUAUUUGUUACAUUUCCCCAUUGCAUAUCUAGAAGCUAGUUGGCUGGUAGAAUUUAGUAGAUGAAAUUUUUGUACUUUCAGGAUGAUGAGAUUACAUGUGCUUACAUUUGUAGAAUUUACAUUUCCCAAUUGCAUAUUGAGUUGCCUUCGUUGAUUGUAA